AUGACCCGACCAAACUUCCUCGUCAUUGUCGCCGACGAUCUCGGCUUCUCCGACACUGGAGCGUUUGGUGGAGAGAUCAAGACCCCCAACAUUGAUAACCUAGCCAAUGGUGGCCUCCGCUUUACCGAUUUCCACGCAGCAUCAGCAUGUUCGCCGACGAGGGCAAUGUUAUUAAGCGGAACCGACAAUCAUAUUGCAGGCAUAGGGACAAUGGCAGAAUCGUGGACUGGGGACCAAAAGGGCAAACCUGGCUAUGAGGGCUAUCUAAACGAUCGCGUAGCACCAUUCCCCGAGCUACUUCAAGCUGCUGGCUAUCACACGCUUAUGUCAGGAAAGUGGCACCUAGGGCUGGCUCCUGAGCGCUGGCCAUGCCGAAGGGGCUUUGACCGGUCGUUUUCGCUCCUCCCUGGUGCGGCAAAUCACUAUGCGUGGGAGCCCCAGUUAGAAGAGAACAAAAAUGCCCCAGGUCUCCUAGGUGAGACCAAUGUCUUCUACGUAGAAAGUGACAAACACAUCCAACCCCACGAGCUGGGAGAUGAUUUCUACUCAUCUGACGCGUUUGCAACGAAACUAAUCCGGUACCUGGAUGAGCGAGACGCAGCUGAAAAGGAGAAGCCAUUCUUCGCCUACCUUGCCUUCUCGGCGCCCCACUGGCCGUUGCAGGCCCCGGACAGUGAUAUUCGGGACUACCGCGGCGUGUACGACGAAGGGCCAGAAGCGCUGCGACAGCACCGCCUGAAGCGCCUCAAGGAGCUCGGUCUGAUUCCCGAGCACGCAGUCCCCCACGACGUCGUCGCUGUCGGCGGACACGACCUCUCCCGGGACUGGGACGAACUCGACGCGGAGAAGCAGGCGUUCUCCGCCCGCACAAUGGAGUGCUAUUCAGGGAUGGUCCAGAACAUGGACCGGCACAUCGGCCGUGUCGUGGAGUAUCUCCGCGAGCAGGGCGAGCUGGAGAACACGUUUAUCCUCUUUAUGUCUGACAACGGCGCCGAGGGCCUCUUGCUCGAGGCUAUUCCGAUUAUCAAGGGCGAUGUCCAUGACCAUAUCGCGCAGUACUACGACAACUCCCUGCAGAACAUGGGCAGGAAGAAUUCGUACGUCUGGUAUGGGCCGCACUGGGCGUCGGCGGCUACAGCACCAGGGCGUCUGUACAAGUCCUUCACCACCGAGGGGGGAAUCCGCGUCCCGUUCAUUCUGAAUUAUCCUCCUCUGACGGCUCAUAGACAUCCGGGUAGUAUUGACCACUCGUUUGCAACGGUGAUGGAUAUUGCUCCGACGAUACUCGAGCUCGCGGGGGUUGAUCAUCCGGGGACAACCUACCGCGGCCGCACCGUGGCCCCUAUCCGUGGUAAAUCCUGGGUUUCCUACCUGACGGGACAGACAGGCAGCAUCCACUCGGACGAUGACGCCAUGGCCUGGGAACUCUUCGGCCGGCAGGCUAUCCGGAAAGGGCGAUACAAAGCGGUGUACAUCCCCAGGCCGUAUGGGCCCGAGAGGUGGCAACUGUACGACUUGGAGCAGGACCCCGGCGAGCGUGAUGACUUAACGGACCACUUACCAGACACUCUUGCAGACUUGAUAAAGGAGUGGGAUCGGUAUGUUUAUGACGUUGGACUGGUGGUGGGCUCCGCACAACCAUCUUACGUAGUGGACGAGAAAGGUUAUUGA